CAUCCCUUGCGCGAGGCGGCGGCUGGAGCCCGCCAUCUUGGCCGCUGGCGGUAAGAACACGUUGUGUGGCCGAGGCGUGAGGGCGAGCGCUGCUCCGGCUCCCGCACGCCCUACUGUAAGGGGACCCUUGUCUCCAGGAGAGCCCGAUAUUUUUUGUUACAAUUAUGGCAGACAAAUUAACAAGAAUUGCUAUUGUCAACCAUGACAAAUGCAAACCUAAGAAAUGUCGACAGGAGUGCAAGAAGAGCUGCCCUGUGGUUCGAAUGGGAAAAUUAUGCAUAGAGGUUACACCCCAGAGCAAAAUAGCAUGGAUUUCUGAGACUCUCUGUAUUGGUUGUGGUAUUUGUAUUAAGAAAUGCCCCUUUGGCGCCUUAUCAAUUGUCAAUUUGCCAAGCAACUUGGAAAAAGAAACAACGCAUCGAUAUUGUGCCAAUGCUUUCAAGCUUCACAGGUUGCCUAUCCCUCGUCCAGGUGAAGUAUUGGGAUUAGUUGGAACUAAUGGUAUUGGAAAGUCAACUGCAUUAAAAAUUUUAGCAGGAAAGCAAAAGCCAAACCUUGGAAAGUAUGAUGAUCCGCCUGAUUGGCAAGAGAUCUUGACUUAUUUCCGUGGAUCUGAAUUACAGAAUUACUUCACCAAAAUUCUAGAAGAUGACCUAAAAGCCAUUAUCAAACCUCAAUAUGUAGACCAAAUUCCCAAGGCUGCAAAGGGGACAGUGGGGUCUAUUUUGGACCGAAAAGAUGAAACAAAGACACAGGCAAUUGUAUGUCAGCAGCUUGAUUUAACUCACCUUAAAGAACGAAAUGUUGAAGAUCUUUCAGGAGGAGAGUUGCAGAGAUUUGCUUGUGCUGUCGUUUGCAUACAAAAAGCUGAUAUUUUUAUGUUUGAUGAACCUUCCAGUUACCUCGAUGUCAAGCAGCGUUUAAAAGCUGCCAUUACUAUUCGAUCUCUAAUAAAUCCAGAUAGAUAUAUCAUUGUGGUGGAACAUGAUCUAAGUGUAUUAGACUAUCUCUCUGACUUCAUCUGCUGUUUAUAUGGUGUACCGAGUGCUUAUGGUGUUGUCACUAUGCCUUUUAGUGUAAGAGAAGGCAUAAACAUUUUUUUGGAUGGCUAUGUUCCAACAGAAAAUUUGAGGUUCAGGGACGCAUCACUUGUUUUCAAGGUAGCUGAGACAGCAAAUGAAGAAGAAGUUAAAAAGAUGUGUAUGUAUAAAUAUCCUGGGAUGAAGAAAAAGAUGGGAGAGUUCGAGCUAGCGAUUGUAGCUGGAGAGUUUACAGAUUCUGAAAUCAUGGUGAUGCUGGGGGAAAACGGUACAGGCAAAACCACAUUUAUCAGAAUGCUUGCUGGAAGGCUUAAACCUGACGAAGGAGGAGAAGUACCAGUUCUGAAUGUCAGUUACAAGCCACAGAAAAUCAGUCCCAAAUCAACAGGAAGUGUUCGUCAGUUACUACAUGAAAAGAUCCGAGAUGCUUACACUCAUCCUCAGUUUGUGACUGAUGUAAUGAAGCCCCUACAGAUUGAAAACAUCAUUGAUCAAGAGGUGCAGACAUUGUCUGGUGGUGAACUUCAACGGGUAGCUUUAGCUCUUUGUUUGGGCAAACCUGCUGAUGUCUAUUUAAUUGAUGAACCAUCUGCAUAUUUAGAUUCUGAACAAAGAUUAAUGGCAGCCCGAGUCGUCAAACGUUUCAUACUCCAUGCAAAGAAGACAGCUUUUGUUGUGGAACAUGACUUCAUCAUGGCCACCUAUCUAGCAGAUCGCGUCAUCGUGUUUGAUGGUGUUCCAUCUAAGAACACAGUUGCAAACAGUCCUCAAACUCUUUUGGCUGGCAUGAACAAAUUUUUAUCUCAGCUGGAGAUUACAUUCAGAAGAGAUCCCAACAACUACAGACCACGAAUAAACAAGCUCAAUUCAAUCAAGGAUGUAGAACAAAAGAAGAGUGGAAACUACUUUUUCUUGGAUGAUUAGAUUGAAUCUGAGAUUAUCAAUAAGCCGUUUACUUACUGGGAUUUUUAUCAUACAAAACUUCUUCGAUCAGGUUUUAUGGCCCCACAUACUCUGGAGCUUGAAGUAUGGUUUUCUUAAUGUGACAUCAAAAGCCAGUUGUCUUGUCAUUGUUAUUUAAGAACUUUUCUGUUCUUAAACCUCUGUGCAUACUUCGCUAAACGGAGACAUUUCAAAUAUGUAAUUAACCUCUAGAUUCUCAUGAUCUGCGGGGAGAUUUUCAGUUGUGUAUUAUAUUUAUGUACUAGAUGCUUGCUGGUGUUGCCCAUCUUUAAAAUCUUGGAUAAAAUCUGUAUUACCUGUUUGCUAAGUGUACCAGCAUAAUGAAAUUUGCCAUAUUUAAAAGCCAGUCAAAGACUACACUGCUAAGGUCUGAUAAAUAAACAUCAGGAUUAUAUUUGCUACUUGUUUUCAGUCUGUGCACUAUAUUAUCAGUGUUUAGCUGCUUCCAAGGAACAUUGUCUGCUACAAACACCAUUGUUGGAAGAUAGAUGUUUAUGACCAACUUAUGCAUUGUUUUUAAUGGGUUUUUUGGUGCUUUUGAACAUCUGUCAAAAAUUGUUUCAAUACCCUAAUUUAUCUCUGGGUUUUUGGUUUUUACACUCUAUAAGAUUCUAUAACAUUCAAAGUAAUGUUACUUUGUAAACAUAAAUUUAUAUAAUCACUGAUCAAGAUGGGAGGAGGGGAUUCUGAAUAAUAUUUGCUUCCUGUAAACCUGUAGGCUUAAGCUGAGGAGGUGGUUCAGUCAGUCAAGUGCCAGCUGUGCACACUGAGGACCAGGAUAUAAGACACAGUACAAUUCUAAUACUGGUCCUAGGAAAUGAUGUCAGACAGAUCCUAGAGCUCACUGGCUGGCCAGCCUAACAGAAUCUGUGAGUACUGUGUUCAGGGAAAGAUCCUGUCUCAAAAAGUUAGGUGGACAGCAAUUGAGGAUGACACCUUACAGCAAACCUCUGGCUCCAGCAGGUAUGUAUAUACAUAAACAUACACACACAGAUAUAGUCUUUAUCAUUGGUGCCUAAGUAUCUGGAUGUUAAAGUUUUGUUUUUAGUUUUGAGACUGAGUAUCCUGUAGCUCAGGUUGGCCUCAAACUCAUUGUGUAGCCAAGGACAACUUUGAACUUCUGAGCCCACUAACCAGGCUUGGAUUAUGCAGUGCUGAGAAUCAAACACAGGACUCUACAUGUUCGGCAAGCACUCUACCAACUGAGCCACACCCCCAGCCCUCUAUUUUUCUAGACUACAGAUGUUUCUGUUGAGCAACCAAGGGCAAUCUGAAACCACUUCUCCAAUGAGUGCCGGAAAUAGCAAUACAAAGUGUUCAGUGCUGCAGUACUUAUUCAUUUGUAGGUGUGGAUAUAAAGGACAUUAUCCAAACCUUACUAAUACGCUGAACUAGAAUUAUGAGGAAGGUAGAUUACAGUGAAUGAUGGGGCAGGCAGAACAAGAAAAUUAGAAAUUAUUUGACAAGACCUAGAACUUUAAAUAAUCUUAACUUGUAAACGAUAGGAAAUUUGUUUUGACUAGACCCCAUAGGCCUUCUAAAAAUGAAUUUAUAUGAACAAUCCGUAAGUACAUAUCUGUUGUAAAAGAAUGAAAUAUACAGAAAUAUAUGGAAUAAAAAUUUUCUCCCUUCAUGACUCUCUGAAA